AUGGAUUGGACCGAUAGAACGACCUUGGAAGAUCAGCAAAGUGUUGAUGGAUUGCGGCCAGAUUACAGACACGAACCACCGGCACAUCAGCAGCAACAUUUGCUACAACAACCGCUACAGCAACCACUGCUGCAACCGGUACAGCAAAUUCAUACCUAUAUGCCACAGUCGACAACACCUACUCAGCAUCCUCCACCGCACCAUAGUCCACUAUCGCUGGCAAUACCGAUUUCCGAUGCACUGCGACAUCGAACAGCCGAAGCCGAUUCGAUAGGAUGCGUGGAAGUACUGGCCACCGUAUGUUCGAUCGUGCUGAUGGUCCUGACCCUGCCCAUCUCGCUGUUUCUCUGCUUCAAGGUCGUGCAAGAGUACGAGCGGGCCGUCAUCUUUCGGCUCGGUCGAUUACGGUCCGGCGGUGCCCGUGGUCCGGGUGUGUUCUUCGUUCUGCCCUGUAUCGACAACUACUGCAAGGUUGAUCUGCGCACCGUUUCGUUCGAUGUGCCGCCCCAGGAAGUGUUGACGCGCGAUUCCGUCACCGUUUCGGUGGAUGCCGUCGUGUACUAUCGUAUACGCGAUCCGCUUAAUGCUGUGGUGCAGGUUGCUAACUACAGCCAUUCGACACGAUUGCUAGCGGCCACGACGCUUCGUAAUGUUCUCGGUACGAGGAAUCUGUCCGAGUUGCUGACGGAGCGAGAAGCCAUCUCACACUCGAUGCAGGUCACGCUGGAUGAGGCAACCGAUCCUUGGGGCGUACAGGUUGAACGUGUUGAAAUUAAGGACGUUUCCCUUCCGGACUCCCUUCAACGCUCGAUGGCUGCGGAAGCUGAAGCUGCACGUGAAGCCCGUGCCAAGGUGAUCGCUGCCGAAGGUGAAAUGAAAUCGUCCCGCGCCCUGAAGGAAGCAUCCGACAUCAUGUGCGAAAGUCCGGCCGCCCUACAGCUUCGCUAUCUGCAAACGCUGAGCAGCAUUGCGGGCGAGAAGAACUCCACGAUCGUGUUUCCGCUACCGAUUGAAUUGAUCGGACCACUGAUGAACUUUACGUCCUCGCUGGGUGUGCAGCGCACUACUGCGCCCCUAGCGCAAGCCCAGGCCCAGGGUGUUCGGUCCACGACCACCAGCACAUCCUCACCGUCGGCCGAUCCAGGCCCACAGCCACCAUCCGAGUAGCAGCAACUUCCGCGAGUCCAUUUGCAACGACGCCACCAUCACCAGCAUCGGCGGCAUCACCAGCAGCGACUUGGGGUGUACCGUUACCGGGAGCCGGGUCCAUCAUCCGGUGAACGUAAGAUCGGACCCAGCGUCAUUGGAUCCGCUUCAUCUUUCUCCUUAUCCUCGGCGGAAGAUUCGGCCCUAUGUUCU